AUACACUAACAUUAAACCACUGCCAAGCGAACACAAGAGGCAAACUCAUCCCUUCAAUAACAUCACUGAGAGAGAGGGAAGAGGAGAAAAGGAGGGGCAAAGCGUGAGAUAGUGAUGCUUUCAGCAGGUGCUAAACAGUGAGAGGUAGCUGAUAGAGAGGGAAAGACUGCGUGAGAGAGAGAUGCAGCCAGCCUGUGAGAGCACACAGUGACCCACAGCAUCGGAGACAAGAGAAGAAGACAAUAAAGUGUGAGUUAUUUCAUGCAUUCUUUAUUUGUUCGUUUAGCGAAAGGGUGAGAGGUUAUGCACCUGUGCUUUCAGGUUGAGUAGAUAAAGAGGAAGAUGGAAUUUGUACCAAAAAAAUUCUGUUGUCAUUGCAGUGUCAGUGUAGUCGUGUCCAGCCAGUCUCCUGCAUUACUGUUCCCGCCCUCCCUCUACUCACCGCUGCCAUGCUGUACCCAGCUCUGCUCUGUGCUGCUCUGCUCCUGAUCGCACCCCUGGGGCACACAGAGGGGCGCACCCUGCACCCCUCACCUGAUGCCAUCCAGUUUGUUGAGCAGUUUCUGGAUCGCUACAACGACCUGACCCUGGAUGACCUGGAGAACCUGGUGAGCAGCCAACCAGAGGAGCCCUCCUCGGCUUUCACUUCCGGGGUCAAAGUCGCUGAGUACCCGAAAUGGGCUGACAUACCAGCACAGGGCGACAGCACCUGGCUCCGCCUCCUGAAGGGGACCCUGGCCAAUCAGAAAAGAGCUGUGACGGACCGGUCGAGGAGGGGGUGGAACCGAGGAUGCUUCGGACUCAAACUGGACAGGAUCGGGUCAAUGAGUGGACUGGGCUGCUAGUGGAGAGAGAGGAAGAGACUGACGUCCCUCAGGGGAUAUGAGGACGAACACACAGUAGGCUGCUACACAGCACACAGUCAUUUACACACAUGCGGUGAAUACAAGGAUGUUAAUGUGAGUACAAAGGAGGUCUACAUGUAGCGUAGCUGUAGUGUACUUGCUGUAUUGCUAAUGUGGUUCCAUCGAGCUUAGUGACAGUUACUCUGUAUGUCUCCUGGCUGUUGGAAGGGGUUAGCUGUACUUAUAUUGUACAUCUAUUCAUUUGAAUCUUCAAAGUAUCAGAGUUAUGUUUACAUCAAGCUGUUAUUCUAUUUUAAGUCUCUGAGUGUUGUUUUGACAGUAUACCUGCACUUUAUUCAAAACUAGGUAUUUAAAAGUUGUCUUUCUUGACUAAUAUUGUCCUUGUUAAUCCUGCAGGAAUAGUUGUGUUAUGGCAUGUUUAAUGGAAAUAAAUAUUUGAAAAAAGAUAAUAAUAUAAUUAAAGUCAAAUGUUUCUUCUCUCUGCUAUUGAUUUGACAUACAUUUGGCAUGAAUAAAUGUACACUGAAA